AUGGGGGCUAGUUUGAAAAUGGGGUUUAUAAGAAGGGUAAGGUGUAAAAAUCCUGAGGGUGGACUGGAGCUUGUUACAUCAGAUGCUACGGUGGUUGAAAUGGUUGGUCACAUACCAUCCAAUAAGGUUAUUAUGUUAUACUAUAGUGAGAUUGAAGACUAUGAGUAUGAUGCAGAUGCAGAGAAUUGUGAUGGGGAUUUGACUCAUAAUUACCAAGUGAAAGGGGUGGAUUAUAUUGAAGUUGAAGAUGAUGAGACUUUUGAGACUGUUGGGAUAAAAGUGGCAAAUGAAGAUGCAAGGGCAGAAUUACCAAAUGAAGAUAUAGGGGCACAUGUGACAAUUGAUAAUAAAGGGGCAGAAUUGCUAAAUGAAGAUGAAGAUGCAGAUUCAGAAAUUAAAGAUAGUGAUUAUGAAUUCAGUGAAAAUGAGGCAGAGGCCAGGCCAACUGUUGGAGAGAAUGUAGCAGAUAAUGGGACUAGUCAUGGUGCUCCAGGAGAGAUACCAUUAGAUGGUGCUGACACAUUAGAAUUUGACACUGUAUAUAGAUCAAAGAUUAAUAGAGAGGAAGAGACAUUUGCAAUAAAAACUUUGAGCCUAGAACAUCAGUGUGGAAGAGUGGACAAGCUUAGGCAUACUACAUCAAAAUGGCUUUGUGACAGAUAUGCAAACAAGCUGAAGCGCAACUCAGACUUUGAUUUGAAAUCAUUUCAAGAAGAUGUGUUGGAAGAUUACAAAAUAAAUGUCACAAAAAUUCAAGUUUAUAGGGCAAAGAGGCUAGCCAGAGAUUUAAAUGAAGGUACUUUCAAAGAACAAUAUGCUAGAUUGUGGGAUUAUACAGAACAAUUGAAAAUUGCAAACGAGGGUAGUAUAGUGAAGAUUAAAACUCAGAUUGUGAAGGAUGAGACAGUGUUUCAAAGGAUAUAUGUGUGCUUAGCUGCCUGUGAGAAGGGAUUUUUAGAAGGUUGCAGACCUGUUAUUGGUGUUGAUGACUGCCAUUUGAAAGGGCCUUAUCCUGGACAGAUCUUGACUGCUGUUGGGGUAGAUGGGAACAAUGGUUAUUUCCUAGUAGCUUAUGCCAUGGUUGAUAUUGACAGUAGAGACUCUUGGAUUUGGUUUUUCAAUAUUCUUAUUGAAGAUUUAGGGAUUACAAAUGGAAAAGCUUGGGUAGUAAUUAGUGACAAACAAAAGGGACUUGUACCUACCAUUGAGAAAGUACUUCCAAUUGCAGAGCACAGAAUGUGUGUGAGACACUUGUACAGUAACUUUAGGGCAUCACAUAUUGGUCUUGCUUUGAAACAUAUAUUAUGGGCUGCAACAAGAGCUACAACUGUGCCUUGGUGGGAGGCAGAAAUGGAAAAGAUGAAAAAUGAGGAUGAGGAAGUAUGGAAGUGGUUGAAGAAAAGACCUGCAAAAAAUUGGAGCAGAUCUCACUUCGAAUCACAUGAUAAAUGUGAUCUUUUGUUGAAUAAUCUAUGUGAAAGUUUCAAUGCAGCCAUACCAGAUGCAAGGGAUAAGACAAUUUUGAGUUGCUUGGAGAGGAUAAGGGUGUAUGUGAUGCUUAGGAUGGUUAGUAGGAGGUUUGCAUAUCAGAAUUGGAGAUACUCUGUUAGGCAUAGGAUCUUCAAGAUAAUUGAGAAGAACAAGCUAGGUUCAUCACAAUGCAUUCCUAGAUUGGUUGGUGGGAAAUUGUAUCAAGUGAGCCACAUUUAUGCUACAUUUCAAAGAUGUGAAAACCCAAUUGCUUAUGUGGAUGAUUGUUAUAAGCUCGAGACUUAUAUGAAGGCUUAUGAACCAGUGAUUCACCCCAUUCCUUCAAUGGACCAAUGGAGUAAAUGUGACCUUCUUCCAAUUAAAUCUCCACCUUAUAAGCAACAACCGGGUAGGCUUAAAAAAGUUAGGACGAAGGAGCCUAGUGAGGUUGAAAUACCAGCCCCCAUCCUACCAAACCCUAUGCCUCCAAAUUAUAUUGCUCCACCAGCCAAGUUUAGAAGGGUUUUCAUUGAAAUAAGAUGUCGUGGAUGCGGUCAAAAAGGCCAUAAUAAAGCAACAUGUGACAGACAAAACAAUGAAACCCAACAGGUUCAUGCAUCUUCAACCCAAAUAGAGCAAGGUUCUUCUUUUAACACAGUAAGAGGGAGAGGCAUAAGCAGAGGGAGAGGCAUAAGUAGAGGAAGAGGAAAUGUUGCUCAAGCUACUGCUUACCCUAAUUCUCUACAUAGUGUGGCAAGAGGAAUGGGACAAGGAGGACCAACUUUGGACAACAUUUCCCAAGAUAAUAACAUGGCCUCAAUAUAG